CCUCUGACCUCUGACCUCUUUACUGAUCGAUGCAGCUCUUCUUAAUGAUCAUCAGUUUAUGAUCACUUAAACAUGUUACAUCAUGUUUUAAUAACUAUGAGACAUUCAUAGAAAUGAACACUUAAAGCAGGUUUGAAGUCAAAAUGAGGAAGUGAUGACAUACUAAGAAAGGGAAGUAGAUGCAGCGUCUCUUUAAAGAAGCACUACUGAAGAAACUCAGACAGUUAGGAGCGUGACAACGGGAGGACAGAGACGGAGAAUCACCAUGAACGAGCUCAAAUGGAUUCAAACUUCUUUACUUCUCACAGCGCUGCUUCAGUUUGCUGCAGCUGUAUUUCUAUUUAAAGAAGUCACAUUCAGAGUUGGAGAGGACGCCACGUUGUCUUGUGAAACUGCGACACAAGAUCAACAGAAGUGUGAAUAUACGACAUGGCUCUUUGUUGAUUCAGGAAACACAGCAGUAGAGCUGGUUGUAGAUGGUCAGGUUAAAAACUCUGAAGUUAAAUCAGACAGACUGAGAGUUACAGAGGACUGUUCUCUGGUUAUAAAGAAGAUCACAGAGGAGGAUGCUGGACGUUAUGUCUGUCUACAGAUCAAAUCAGGAAGAAGAACAGACGAUGUGACUCGAGUUUAUCUAUCUGUUAUCAAGAGUGACGACGCAAGAGAAACAACAAGACCACCACCACCAACAACAACAAGACCAUCACCACCAACAACAACAAGACCAUCACCACCAACAACAACAACAAGACCACCACCAUCAACAACAACAAGACCACCACCACCAACAACAACAACAACAACAAGACCACCACCACCACCAACAACAACAAGACCACCACCACCAACAACAACAAGACCACCACCAACAACAACAAGACCACCACCACCAACAACAACAAGACCACCACCACCAACAACAACAAGACCAUCACCACCAACAACAACAACAAGACCACCACCAACAACAACAACAACAACAAGACCACCAACAACAACAAGACCACCACCACCAACAACAACAACAACAACAACAACAACAACAAGACCACCAACAACAACAACAACAACAACAACAAGACCACCAACAACAACAACAUCUACUGCGGCUGCAGGAGAUUGUACAGGUUCUUGUGAUCUGGACUUGGUCAUGUUGGCUCUGCGUGUGGCUGAACUCCUCCUGAUUACUGUGAUCACUGUUCUUCUCUUCAGAGCUCGAGGGAACCAGAGACCACCUGAUGACAUCACUGUGUAUUAUGAUGAAGAUGAAGGCUCAGUGAACUAUGAAAAUGAUGGAGAACCUUCUGCUUCUGUCAGACUCCACUGAUCAACAACUUCCACACAAACAUCCACUCAGCAGAUACAUUAAUCCACCGCUUUCAAUCAUUUCUAUAUCGUGCAGGUUUGCAGCAGGUAGAGAGAGAAACAGAGAGAGAGAGAUCAUCACUUGGUGAAUCUUCAGUUUUUGCCAACAUGGAAGAUAAUAUAUUUUUUUUUGUAGAAAGCUUCAUUUGUAUAAAGUUCUUCAUAUUUUUGAGUGCCUUUAAAUGUCAGUAGAACCAAAUUGAAAUCACUAUGUCAAAUUAACUUUCAUGUCUUAUUGUUGCUUCAAUAUAUUUGAUUGAAUGUGUAUAUUUUACUUAAAGGAGAUCUAUUAUCCUCACUUUCACCAUUAAUCAUGUCAGUCUGGGACACCUAUUGAGUAGUGUUGUGAGAUGUGUAACUCAAAAACCUUCUUAUUUAUGUUGGUAAAAUCCCUCAUAUCAGCCUCUGUGUGAAACGGUUCAUUUCAGCUGCUGUCUCUUUAAGACCCCCCCUCCUCACGUGCCCACUUUACUCUGAUUGUCCAGCUUUGCUGAAACUUUCUGGGGGCAGAACCAAUGAGCUACUGGGUGGGCAACUCCUUUAACUUUGCUCCAUGCUUCUAAUCUAAUGUGUCGGUGGCCAAGUUUUACAACGUCCUUUAAUGUCUUGUUCAGAGCAGCAGGAAACCACGUACGGGGAUUACACCAACAUCUGUGUAUCUUGUGUUUAAAAAACUUUGCAGAGGUUUAGUAUGGACAUCCAACAUGGUAACAUUAUAUGUAUGUAUUUAAAUCAGCAUCAUAGAUCUCUUUUUAUACUUUUCCAUCUUCAGUCUGUAAUAAUCAUGUCUUUAUUAAAUCAUAAUAAAAUGUCAUGCUUAA